CCCCGCAGCCAGUGCAGAAUGCCGAGUAUAUUUUUGUAACUUUUGACUUCCUCGUGGGUGUACUCGUCUUUGCUUCUAUCGUGGGAAAUAUUGGUUCUAUGAUUACAAAUAUGAACGCGGCACGCGCAGAGUUCCAGAACAGAAUGGACGCCAUCAAACAAUAUAUGGAGUUCAGGAAGGUUGGUGGAAAACUAGAGAGCAGAGUGAUUAAAUGGUUUGAUUAUCUCUGGGCGAAUAAGAACUCAAUGGAUGAGGAGAUGGUUCUAAAUAUGCUACCUGAGAAACUCAAGGCUGAGAUAGCACUCCAUGUGCACCUAGAGACCCUGCAGAAGGUUAAAAUAUUCCAGGAUUGUGAGAAGGGUCUGCUAACAGAUCUAGUCCUGAAACUCAAGCUCCAGGUAUUCUCCCCUGGUGACUAUGUAUGUCGGAAAGGGGAUGUUGGAAAAGAAAUGUAUAUUAUUAAACGAGGAAAACUAGAUGUUGUUGCAGAUGAUGGACUCAAG